CAUCAACCUUGAGGCUUCUUCACUUCGCAAAAAAAAGUUCUCCGCUUUGUAGUUCUGUCCCAUUAGCUGUUCGCUUCAGUCCUUCGUCAAUUAGAAAAAACUAGGGUUUAUCCUUCCUUUUUGUGAAAUGGCUAUGGCUGGGCGUAUGAGAUCGAUCAUUCCUCAAUUCAAUCAGCUUCUGAAAUCGGAGUCACAGGCUCAGAGAUCUGCUCUUACAAGAGCCCUACUUUGCCCCACGACUGCCAACUCCGAGAUCUCGAGGAACUAUGCAACUUCUUCCAAGAAAAGCGAGGCAAAAGUUAAAGUUCCUCUGGUUUUGUUUGGGGGGACUGGAAACUAUGCCUCUGCUUUGUACCUUGCCGCAGUAAAAGCUAAUUCCUUGGAUAAGGCUGAGAAAGAGCUUGUAGACUUUGCCGAGGCUUUAAAGAGAAGUGCCACCUUCUCUCAGUUCAUUAGUGAUCCCACAGUGCAUAAAGAUACCAAGGUCAAGGUUAUUAGCGAUGUUUGUGCUGAUGCUAAGUUUUCAGAAAUUAUGAAGAACUUUUUGGCUGUAUUGGCUGAGAAUGGAAGGCUGAAAUACGUAGACGGCAUUGCAAAGAAGUUUCAAGAGUUGACAAUGGCUCAUAGAGGAGAGGUGAAAGCCAUUGUGUCUACUGUUAUUCCCCUUCCUGCUGAAGAAGAGAAAGAACUGAAGGAGACUCUACAGUAUAUUAUUGGAGAGGGGAAAAAGGUCAAGCUUGAACAGAAGAUUGAUCCAAGUAUUCUUGGCGGAAUAGUAGUAGAAUUUGGGGAGAAAGUGUUCGACAUGUCGAUCAAGACCAGAGCAAAACAGAUGGAGCGGUUCUUGCGAGAACCUGUGAACUUCAACAGCCUCUGAAAAGGGUAAUUUUUACAUUAUGGGGAUCCCUUCUUCCUGCUUUGAGCUCUCUACCAUUUUUCAACCAUGAAAAGAGAACUUUUGGUGUUUUCCUCCCCUUUUUUUGCCUUUGCAUGACGGGCGGCAAUGCCUCUCUUUCUAUGUAUGAUGCCAAUAAGAAGUUGAUUUUUCUUCAUAACUAUAUCCAUGUUGGACAAUUUAAAAUUUGACGAAUAUGUGCAGUCAUAUUGGAGAAUUUGAUUAUGGAUUAACAUGUUCAUCUUAUUCUU